AUGUUUCACGACGACGGCCCCCUGUUUGACGACUCGCCUUGCCCUGGACUAUACGCGGUGCCUGAUAACUCACCUUCGACAACGAUGCCAAAGGCUUCAACACCACGGGCACGCACGUCGCCUAAUUGGACGACUCAGAUCUCACGUCCAACAAUCUCGUCCAAACCAUCUAUCGCUUCCUGGAACGAACUACUUGACUACCCAUCGGACAAGUCUUCCCAGUCCAGUGUGGCUCGACAACGCAUUCAUUUGCAUGGGACCCGGAACUACCAUCGUCGCUCGUCUAAACUAGACCCGACCUAUUGUGACGACCUGUUCAACGACUGCCCACCUUCAUCUCGCCUUGUCGCGCGCAUCUCUGUGUCAGACAGGCGGACAAAGACGGCGACGAACCCUUUCAUCAAAGCGUACAUCGACCGAGUACAAGCAACGGUUCUCAUUGACACUGGAGCAACCAGUAGCUUCAUCACUGCGUCAUUUUGGCAUCGUCUCGGCCAGCCCCCACUCAAACAACCUCGUCUGGGCUUUGUCACUGCAGACAACUCGAAUCUCGACAUUUUGGGCCGCGCAAAAUUCUCGUUUCAUCUCGCUGGCGCCAAUGUGUCGUUUCCCUUUUGUGUCAUGUCUACGUCGCUGACAGACUGCAUCGUCGGCCUCGACUUGCUCCCUUACUUGGGGGCUAUCAUCAACCUCAAGGACAAUACCCUGACACUGUCCGACCGACAGCGAAUUCUAUCUCUCGAGCCUCUGGACGGCUUCGUACCUACUUCACACCCGGUCGGGCUCACGACGGUGGCCGAAACUAUUACCGUCCCGCCUCGAUCCGUUCGACAUGUCCCAUGCUUGGCCGGACUUGAUCUACCUUCGUCCACUACGUUUCUCGUGGAACCCCGAACGAACACACAGGCACAGAUUGCAGCGGCGUUAUACUGCAAAACAUCGUCCAACACGACCUAA